AUAAUGCCCAGCUGUAUUUUGAAGGGUUGUAUGGUUGUUUGGCUGACGGGUCUGGUUUGGGUUUAACGUUGUGUGCGGAUGCAAUGCUCUGGCAGCCUGUCGUCAUUCUGAAAACUGUUUAACGUUAGUAAAGUGUUGUCAUUUAGUUAGACUGCGAUAUAACGUUAACUCAGAGGGAACAUCAGUGGGUGAUGUUAGUAACGCUGUUGUUAACCGACAGUAACGCAUUAAAACAGGCUAAGACAUCCGUAAAUAUUUCCAUAGCUAGCCUCCACCUUGCUAACAUCAAUACAGUUAGGAUAGCUAACGUUAGCUUGGCUAAUCAACAUGUUGAAGACUGUCAUACUCAUUGGAGGUCCGCAGAAAGGAACUCGGUUUCGGCCGCUGUCGUUUGAAGUCCCGAAACCAUUGUUUCCAGUGGCAGGCGUGCCAAUGUUGCAGCAUCACAUAGAGGCGUGUGCAAAGAUACCAAACAUGAAAGAGAUCCUGCUUAUUGGAUUUUACCAGCCAAACGAGGAGCUCAAUCGAUUCCUGAUGUGUGCUCAACAGGACUUUAAAGUUUCUAUCAGAUAUUUGCAGGAGUAUGCAGCUCUGGGCACAGGUGGAGGCAUCUAUCACUUCAGAGAUCAGAUCCUGUCUGGAGCUCCAGAGGCUUUCUUUGUCAUGAAUGCUGAUGUGUGUUCAGAGUUUCCACUUCCUGAGAUGCUGGCAUUUCAGAAAGAGCAUGGAGAUACAUACAGCUUUGUCAUUCUUGGGACUACUGCCAACAGAAAACAGUCCAUGAACUAUGGAUGCAUUGUGGAAAACCAGCAAACAAACGAGGUUUUGCAUUAUGUGGAGAAGCCCAGCACGUUUGUCAGUGAUAUCAUAAACUGUGGGAUAUAUCUGUUCACACCAGACAUAUUCCAGCACAUCGGAACCGUCUUCCAGAAGAACCAGCAGGACAUGCUUUUAUAUGCCGAUGAGGGGGACGAGCAGUCGAACGGCUGGCAUCGGGCCGAGGUGAUCCGUCUGGAGCAGGACAUCUUCACGGCGCUGGCAGGCCAGGGCAAACUCUACGUUUACAAGACCCACCGCUUCUGGAGUCAGAUCAAAUCAGCUGGGUCUGCAAUAUAUGCCAGUCGACUGUAUCUUAACCAGUACCAUCAAACACAUCCAGAGAGGCUGGCCACAAAUAAAGAUGGAGGGCCAAAGAUAAGUGGAAAUGUUUACAUUCAUCCAACAGCUAAUAUUGAUCCGACAGCAGUGCUUGGACCUAACGUAUCCAUAGGGACCGAUGUAACCAUAGGAGCAGGAGUGCGUGUGAGAGAAUCCAUCAUCCUCCAUGGGGCCACAUUACAGGAUCACAGUUGUGUACUGAACAGCAUUGUAGGAUGGGAUAGUACUAUAGGAAAGUGGUCAAGAGUGGAGGGCACACCCAGCGACCCAAACCCAAAUGACCCUUAUGCUAAAAUAGACAGUGAAACUCUCUUCAGGGAUGGAAAACUCACUCCAUCAAUAACCAUUCUGGGUUGCAAUGUGAAUAUCCCAUCUGAAGUUAUCAUACUGAACUCUAUCGUCCUUCCUCAUAAAGAUCUGAAUAGGAGUUUCAAAAAUCAAAUCAUUCUUUAGUGAACUUUCUUUUUUCCAGUUUAAUGGAAUAUGUGAUUACUAUUGGCUUAUUAUUUUGCUUAAGUUACAGGGAUUAUUACAUCAGAAUGUGAUGUCUGAAGCAGAAUGUGAUAUAAUGCAGUUUCUGGUAGACAUUGCACUCAAAGUUUACCUCAUGGAAGUUGUGAAGGCACUGGGAAGGUGCAACAAUGGUUUGUGUAGAUGGAGAGAAUCGGGCUACUCAAGAAAUGGAUGUGACUGUUCAGUAUUGGCAUGUGAAAUUGGAACCUUUUUACACUACCGUUUAGUUAUUAACACACUUCGGGUAGCCCUGGCAAAAAAAAAAAAAAGUUGGUCGAGAUAAACCACUGAUGGGGGUGACACAGCAUAAUGUUGGGGAAUUGUCAUUCAGUCAGCCUCUUAACAAGUUCGUAUCACUCUGGCAGUGUUCAAUGGUGUCUGUGAUGAAUCUGUUGAACUUAAUCAGAUUUCAUUGUGUAUUAGGUCAUUUAUAUGUUGAAAGCUGUUGAAUUUUUUUUUUUGACCUGCAGUGUAAAAUAAACUAAGCUACCUGAGUGCCAAGAGACUUAAAGUUAA